AUGUCAGCACAGCCGCAAUCUUUAUAUGAGUGCGGUCAUCUUUUAUUUUGUAUAGAUUGUCAGAGAUCCGCUGGAGAAUGGUUGAAUAUUUGCCCUAUAUGUAAGAAAGAAGGGCCUACAUAUGAAAAGGUACAUUUAACACGCCGUCUUUUCAAUAAUCGCUAA